GGGCCGCGUGAGUGACAGCAGCGGUGGGAGGCGGCCGGAGCCCCGCACUCUCCUCGCGGCCUCUCCCGCGCGCGCGUCUCGAGCGGCGGCCGAGCGGAGCGCGACCUCCUCCGGCUGCGCCAGCGGGGCCACAGCCCGGCGCGGCAGCAGAGGACUCCAGGAGAAGGAAUCCUGCAGCAGCUACUGUGGGAAUCACAGCAGCCCUGUGCCCUGCCCUGCAACAUCCCCGCGAGCCCCCACUCUGGCGACACCAGGCUGUUUGUAACAACGCAAGACCAGUAAAGAGGAGGUGGCCUGCCCUCUGAUCCUUAAAUGAAGCCAGGAGCACUCUCCAUUGCAGAUUAUUUUUCUUUUUUUCAGUGGACUUGAAACUGUGCUAGAAGGACAACUAAUGUGUCAUAUAUUUCAGUGAGACAGAUUUUUAAAACAAGAGUUAUCCAAGAUGUCAUACAGACAAGGACUAGAGAAGUACCGUGAUCUAGAUGAAGAUCAGAUCCUUGGAGCACUUACAGAAGAAGAAAUCAAGAUGCUAGAAGAUGAACUGGUAGAAUUAGAUCCAGAUAAUGCGCUGUUGCCAGCAGGAAUGAGACAGAAAGAUCAGACGAAAAAGACACCCACAGGCCCCUUUAAAAGGGAUGACCUUUUGGCGCACUUGGAGAAGCAGGCGAAUGAUCUUAAAGACAGAGAAGAUCUGGUUCCUUUCACAGGGGAGAAAAGAGGAAAGAUCUGGGUCCCGAAACAGAAGGCUAUUGAUCCUGUUUUGGAAAGUGUAACCCUCGAACCAGAACUGGAGGAAGCGCUGGCAAAUGCCUCAGAUGCUGAACUGUGUGACAUUGCUGCUAUUCUCGGCAUGCAUACCCUGAUGAGUAACCAGCAAUAUUACGGAGCGCUUGGAAGCACAACUAUAGUCAACAAAGAAGGUUUAGACAGUAUAAUUAAGCCCACACAAUAUAAGCCAAUUCCUGAUGAACCCAAUUCAACCAAUGUAGAAGAAACCUUGGAACGGGUGAAAAACAAUGAUCCAGAACUUGAAGAAGUCAAUCUCAAUAAUAUUAAGGACAUUCCUAUACCAACUUUAAAAGCCUACGCUGAAGCUUUGAAGAGCAACACCUACGUGAAAAAGUUCAGCAUAGUGGGAACAAGAAGCAAUGACCCUGUUGCUUAUGCACUGGCAGAAAUGUUAAAAGUCAACGGUGUAUUGAAGAGCUUAAAUGUGGAAUCCAAUUUCAUUACUGGAUCAGGAAUUCUGGCCUUGAUAGAAGCACUGCAGUACAACACAACACUGAUAGAGCUCAAAAUUGACAACCAGAGCCAGCUCCUGGGCAACAAGGUAGAAAUGGAGAUUGCAAGUAUGUUAGAAAAAAAUACAUCUCUCCUGAAGUUUGGGUAUCACUUCACUCAGCAAGGCCCCAGGCUGCGUGCAUCAAAUGCCAUGAUGAACAACAAUGACCUUGUGCGGAAGAGGAGGCUUGCGGACCUGAAUGGGCCCAUCUUUCCCAAGUGCCGGACUGGGGUGUAGUCCUUGGUGGUAUCAGUGCUGUCAGUGAGCUCGCACUGGACAGUGAAGUCUUGUGGCAGAUCAACUGUGCAGUGAAUUUGUGGUGCCUGUCUUUUCAUAUGACAUCCUUGCACACUAAAGCUAAAUAGUGAUUGUAGGCAAAGGUCUUUAUUAUUGGCGUGUGGAUAUUGGCAUCUUUUUUUUUAGAGUAAUCCAAUAUUUGAAGUGCUAAUUUUGUAUGCCAAUGAAAUACAUCAUAGCACAAAGACUGCUUGAACCUAUAGUUAGACUGCAGCCUAAUAUUGGUAUGAGGUUUUGUGUGUGUGUGGUGUGAGAUGCAUGAGUAGUUAUCAAGAACAGAAAUAUGGGCUACUACUCUGCAAAUGUAGCAGAAAUGUUAAAAAAAAUACUUUAUUUUUGACUUGAUCUCAAGAAUUAAAAAGAAGCUACAAGUUUGAUAGCAUUUCUAUCAUCCCAGUAUACAUCAUUAAUUUAAGGACUUAUGAAUUGCUAGCAACAUCCACAGCCCAAGAUUUACAGUACCUAUUAUUCUUAAGCACACCCACCCAACAGAAAGAAUGUUAAGGCCACUCUUUUCCUAAGCACUAGUUGCAAGAAAAAGACAGCUGCUGUAUAGGAUGUUGGUCAUUUCUUUUCUGCUGAAGAAUUUAAGACCUUUAAAUUUAAUUUGCACAUGUUCUCUUAAAUCUUUUGAUAAUACCCACAA